AUGUGGGUGCUGCGUGCCGAGGCUUGGCAGUCUGAAAUGGAAGAUGCCACGGGCCAACCGACGCAAGGAGCCAAGGAGGCCCAGCAGAGCGAGGAGAGGCCGAAGUGCGAAGAGACCGGAGCCUCCGCUGCGACUGCGAGCAGAGGCCGUGAGCUCCCGGAGGUUCCCGCUGGCUGGAGCCGCUACUUCGACCCCCAGCAUGGGACCUAUCUCUACCACGAGGCGACGGGGGACUGGCACCUGGAGGAAGCCGAGGUGUUGGUGGGGUCACGAAGUGAGGGAGGGGCAGUGGAGGAGGUCGCACAGUCCUGGCUUCGGACUGAGCUGCGGGGCCAGAACUGGGACAGCUGGGAGCUUCGGAAGUCAAAGAACUUCACGGACGCCUGGGCCUGCCGGGGUUCGGGAGAUGUGGGGGUGGAGAUGUGUGGAGGUGACCUGGCCUUGCAGGCCUCCAGCUCCGAAACGGCCUCCGGUGCCUCCAAUUCCCUCGCAGGGGAGAGGAUCUUCACAGCCUUCGGUGCCCAGCGGCGGCGAGCCGAGUGCCUCGGGAAGCAGCAGCACCUCACGAACAUUGCAGCAUGUUGCAUAUGUGCGACCACAACCCGGCCAUCCGAGCUGAUGGGCGCCGCCUGCUCCACAGAGUGGGGCGAGGAAAAGGCACUCGCAGAGGAGCAGCCGGGCAUGCCGGGCUACCGGGGUUCCAAGGCCUUGGCGGCACGGAAGGCUAAGGCCCACUUGACCGUGAGGCACUGGCACGACAAGAUGAUGAUGUCGGCUGCAUCCCAGGCGGUCUUUGAGGGGGCCCAGCGCGGGGAUGCCAAGAAGGUCACGGAGGCACUGAACGCGCACGGCGAUCCCAACUGCAUCAACUUCGGUGGGUUCAAUGCCCUGAUGCUCGCAGUGGGCGGUGGCUACACGGAGGUGAUCGCGUUGCUGCUUCAGGCCAGUGCCAACCCGAACAACGGGAAGAGCGGCCUGACGCCGCUGAUGAUCGCGGCGUCUUCCGGGCAAUUGGAGGUGGCCCGGAUGCUGGUGAACUGCGGGGCGGCGGCCACGGGCCAUUGCGAGCUGGACGGCAGGACCGCGCUCCACGGCGCGGCGCGGCGGGGCCACGCCGACGUCGCCAAGCUGCUGGUGCAGGCAGGAGCCUCCGUGGACAUCGGAGACUGGCAGGAGUGUACAGCCCUUAUGCUGGCCUCACAAGAGGGUCAUGGCGACGUGCUCAAAGUGUUGCUUUGUGCCGGAGCGUCUGUUUCCUUGUCGAACAAGAGCGGUGACUCGGCGUUGAGCGCUUGCGUCAAGAGCGGCCACGAGGCGUGCCUGGAGACCAUGUUGCGAGCGGGUGCUCCCGUCAAUGCGGCCAACAAAUCCACAGGCAACUCGGCGCUGGCGGAAGCUUCAAGAGUUGGAAGUGAGGCGAUGGUCCGGAAGCUCUUGCAGUACCAAGCAAACGUGAACUUCGGCAAUCUUCGGAAGGAGACGCCGCUGAUGUUAGCUGCAGCGGCUGGUCACGAACAGGUGGUCCGCAUGCUCCUCGUCUCCGGUGCCAACACUGCUGCAGAGGAUGUGAAUGGCCAUACGCCGAUCAUGCAUGCAGCUGUGAGCAACGUGGCGGUGGUUCAGGCACUACUGGAUUUCGGUGGCAAUCCCUCGGUGGUGAGUCAGGUGGACUGCAACACGCCCUCCACGCUUGCAGCGAUGCACGGGCGGAAGCAGUGCUACGAUCUCCUGGUCUGGGCCGGGGCUUUCGUACCAGCACUGGAGGAGAGUCAACUCAAUCUGAAUCUGUCAGUCGCUUCUUCCUUCUUUGUGGAUUCGGAUGCUCCCCAGACUCCACUCCGCCGAGUUCAGGGCUUGGUCUUUGCUCGCUUCUCGGAGGCGCUGGCUUCUGAGCCCUGCAGUGCGAACGGGGGCGGCUCCGUUUCCAGCGACGCGGGAAGCGCGCGGCCGAAGGUAGUGUCCGAGCUGGCGAAGCUGGAUCCUAUUGUUCGUGACUUCGUCCGGGAUGAGUUCAGGCUCAAGAAGAAGCUCCGCGAGAUCGAGGCUCUCGAGGCCGCCGGCGCUUCGGGGAAGACCCUCGAAGCCGCCCAGGUGGCCAAGGUGUCCAAGAAAGGACAAGUCCUCUCCGACCUUCGCCUGGUGGACCAGCACAUCUCGGAGGCGCUGGCUGACUUCCAAAAGCGCCAGCCGGUGCCUUUGGCACCCAGAAGCUCCGAGCAGCAAGCGGCGCCAGGUGCACGUAGCUCCGGGAGCUCGAAGGUGUGGCUGUGCUUGUCAUUCUGA